GAUUAACUAAUCUGCCACAGAACAGUGACUGCUAAAUGCAUUGAGGGUGAUUCCAGUGCACACAUUGAACUAGAGUCUGAUUGGCAAAACCGACAAGUUUACGGAAAAAUGUAUUCGAAGAAGAGGUUCUACAGUUUUACUCUCCUAAUAGUCUUCACAGUUGAUUUGCUUGCUACUUCCGGCGACGUAACACUGUCAUGGACAUCACCAGUAUUUCCUAAGCUGCAUUCGAACGACACAUCCAAAAACCCCCUAGGCAGGCCAAUUACCGACGAUGAGGAUGCUUGGAUAGGAUCUCUCGUCACCAUCGGUGCCAUGAUGGGUCCUCUACCUGCUGGAUUCAUAGCUGAGAAGUUCGGAAGGAAAAUAGGACUGCUUAGUCUGGCCAUACCGCAUAUUGUGUCUCUCUUUAGCAUGGCAUUCGCGCAAAGUAUUUACAUUUUCUACUUGGGGAGAUUUUUAGGUGGAUUGUCUACAGGAGCCGGUUAUACUUUGCUCCCAAUGUACAUAGCAGAAAUAUCAGACGAUUCUGACAGAGGGAAAUUUUCUCAAACUCUCAACAUCUUUUGGGCUUUUGGAAAUUUCAUACCGUAUGCCAUUGGUCCUUACCUAUCCAUUCAAUGGUUCAACAUAGUUCUAGCUAUAGUCCCUACUACGUUCUUCAUAGUAUUUUUAUUGCUUGGUCCAGAAACACCUUAUUAUUUGGUAUCAGUGAAUAAACUGAAGAAAGCAGAAAAAUCUUUGAUGUCACUGAGAUCUCUCGAUGAAGAAGGGGUGAAACAUGAACUGGAGCACAUAAAAGAAAAUUUGGGGAAAGAAGAAACUGGUCACUUCAAAGAUAUUAUUCUAAACAAAGGUCUCAGAAAAGCGCUAAUAAUAUGCCUAGUCUUAGUGAUAUCUCAGGAACUCUCGGGCUUCUGUGCAAUUACGUUUUACUUGCAAACUAUAUUUGAAGCUGCAGGAACAGAAAUAGCUUCAGAUGUUUCAGCUCUGAUCGUAGGAUUCUCUAUUUUCUUAUCCAGUUUCUUCACCCCAUUCCUAAUAGACAGGUUAGGAAGGAAAGUACUUACUGUAACAUCAUGCUUCGGAAUGGUAAUAGCCCUCUCGACUCUUGGCACGUUCUUUUACAUGCAGGAUUUUACGGAUAUACAGACAGACCCCGUAUUCUGGGUGCCAAUUUUCAGUUUGAUCCUCUACAUAUUCGCUUUCCACUUUGGAAUUUGUUCGAUACCUUGGACUUUAUCUUCGGAACUGUUCCCCAGUAAUGUGAAAGGUAUAGCCGCCCCUACUAUAACGAUCGCCUGUUGGUUAAGUUCGUUCCUGGUGACGAAAUUUUUCAACAACAUGAACUCUGCAAUGGGCAAGUCGGGGAGCUUCUGGUUCUUCGCUGGAUGUUGUUUGUUUACUGGUGUAUUCAGUAUAUUCUUUGUACCAGAGACUAAAGGCAAAAGCUUCAACGAAAUUCAAGAUAUGUUAAAUGGAUCUGACAAAAUAAAGUCCGUUAGUGAGAAAGAGGCGUACUGAUCUAGUAUUCUAGUUUUAAGAUACGUUGAAUGACUCAUGUAGCAACAUUAUCAUUGCUAUUUGCAUUGGAAAAAAUAUUUGCAUUGGAAAAAAUGAGUCGCAAUGUUUAGGCAACAAUUUUUUUACAAAAGUAUUCUUCCAAAUUAUAUGUUUUGUAAAUCCGUUUUCCUUGAAGUUGCCUUAAGUCCCUCUACAAAGCUAAAAUUUAAAAUAGACUUUAAUUGUAAGUAGCGAAUGAAUUACCAGAUGCCCUUAUUUUUACUCCAGGCCGCUCUUAUGUGGAAUAUUUUAAUUUUGCAAAAGAAUGGCCAGACUGUAUAUUUUUAUUAUUAUUCAUUUAUAGAUUUAAAAUUAUUAUUUAUAAAUUUUGUAAACUAUUUUUUGUCUUAAAAAUGUAUAUACUAAUUAAUAUUUAAUUUAUUGCAAAUGUAUGAGCUUUUUAAGUGUUCUAAAUAGAUUGUAUGUAUAUGUUACUUAAAUAUUCGGAUAAUACUACUCAAAUUAUGGAAAGCAUAAGACAAUUAAAAUUGCAUGUUCUUGAAAAUGUAUUUUUGCUAUUUUUAUAUAAGAAAAAAGCUCUCUUGUAAGUAGUACCUGCUAGAUCAGAUUAAAAUCUAUUUUAAU